CACCAGUAAUGACACAACUACAGUUAUGCCAGUCACAAACACAACCAUCAACAUAACUGCAAGUACACCAGUCACCCAGACUAACAACGACACCACUGCCAGUACGCCAUUUACACACACAAGCAACAGCACGGCUAUGGUUACAUCUCCCACAAGCAACCAUUCAACUAACAUUACUCCAGUCACACCCACAAGCAACAACACAACUUUUAUUACAGCAACUACACCACUAAGCAACAUCACAACUUCAACUACUGAAGAAACCAGCAACAGCACAGCAAUUACAACAACACUCACCCCAGUAAGCUCUACAGCUGCGUUAACUCCAACUACUCAACCAAACACUACUAACACCUCUCCUGAGACUGCUGCAUCUACUACCGCACCCUUGUCCUCAACUGCUGCCAUAAACACAACACUCACAGCUGGACCCUCACCCUCUUCACCCACCACCAUCUCCAACUCCAGCUCUUUCCCUCCAAGCACCUCCCCAGGCAAUAGCACCGUACCCCCCAGUGGAAAUGCCACCACCCUUAGUCCCUCAACAGCAAGCUCAGGAGUGACAAAUCACACUGCAGUAACCGCAACUACAACUCUUUCAACUGAAGCUAGUGGCAUUACAACUGCCAUUCCAACCACCAUCUCUUACAUCACAACCACCACCCUGCAACCAACACAGAUCACUACCAGCAACCAAACCACUCCAGCUCCACCCACCACCACGCAGAGUCCAGUCAUAGUGUGUCCAGCUGUCCCAUGUCCACUUGAAAGCGUCUGUCUUAAUGGCACUUGCCAGUGUCUCUCUGGUACCUACCUGCUGAAUGGACAUUGUGUACCUGCCCAUGUGUUCCCAGGGAGGCUUCAUCUUACCACCUUAACAUUUCAAAACGAAAUGUUCAACAGGUCUUCAAAGAUAUUCCAGAUGACGGCUGCUAACAUUUCAGCAACACUUAGCAAUAUCCUCAAGAAUCAGCCAGGGUAUAUCCGGUCUGAUGUUGUGCAACUUGAACCAGGUAGCGUGCAAGCAACUGUAAAUAAUGUGUUUAGUGACACCACUGAAAAUCAAACUACCAUUUUUAACGCCAUAAAGGAAGCUAUAAAAACUUCCACUGGACUUCUGGCUGGAGCUGAAUAUACAAGUGUAAACCUGUGUGAGCAGAAACCAUUACCUUGUGAUGCCUCCACUACAGUAUGCACAAAUACAAAUGGCCAGGCUGCAUGUGCCUGUAAAGAUGGCUACAUCUCCAAUGUGUACUCAAACACUAGUUGCAAAGCGUGUCCAAGCGGACAGAGGGCAGUGGGAGAAGUGUGUGAAGCAUGUCCCUUUGGGUAUGCUGGAUUCAACUGCAAUGACUCGGCCCUGCUGGCAGUGGUGAUCAUUUCCUGUGUACUAGGAGGAAUUCUACUCAUUCUUAUCCUGGCUUUGCUCAUAUACUGCUGCUGGAGGAUGUGCUCUAAUAGAAAGCAAGACAUUAGCAGCAGCCCUUACUCAACAGAAGACUUAAACCAGCCCUGGCCUACUGGCAUCAUGCCCAUCCCCCGUGCCAACAGUAAAUGGGAUGGGGCUCCUCCUAUAGAGAUGACAGAAGGGGGCAGCAGUAAUACCCUGGUGGACAAAAGGCCUCAAAGCAAUGGAAUGGGGUUUCAGCGGAAGCAGAAAGGAUGGAAAAAGACGGGAUCGUACGAUCUCAACCCAGAAGGAAUGAUGACCUUCAAAGGUAAAAAUACAUCUCGUUACUCGUAUCUGGUUCAAGGCCAUGAAAAUCCUUACUUCUUACCUGGAGACGAGAAGAAAAACUGAAACUAAAACACUAAAACCUUCAAAUGAGCGAGGAAGACGGGAUCAAAAAGAAGCAACUGGUUCGAAACUCUGGGACUACAGAUACAUAUCCUGAGAAGAGUUAUUUAUGAAGAUACUUUACCCUCUGAGCUUAUUUGCAUUAAUGAUGAAUCACAAAUGACAUUUAAAAAAAAAAAUCUUGAAAAUUACCAAAGAGAUUCAUUUGUGUGCAUCAUGUCUGCUCUUAAUGGUUACAACCAGUGGGUGUCGCUGUUGCUCAUUACAUUCAUAUAUAGUAUAAUAACAGUUUUUUUUAACAACAGCUGACUUUUAAUCCUUUUUUUAUGCUUUGAUGAAUUCAAAUAGAAUUUUAAAAAUGAAGCAUCUUAUUUUGCUAAUUGCACUAAAGUAUAUAAUAAGUUUACUAUUAGUUUUUAUAUAAAUCAGAGGUAAAUUGAAUGUGGGUUCUUAUGGGGUACCUGCUAUUUUUCCUAAAAGGAUGUGAUUUUUUUUUUUUUUUUUGUAUUAAGCAAAUUGUGAAUGACUAAAGGGGCUGGAUCCCUGUUUGGGAGUAUUUAAAGGGAUUUAUGUUGUAGCAGUCUGUAUCUGUUGAAGCUACACUUGCAAAAUGUGCCUGUUUAAUAGUCUGUUUGAUGAAUAGGAAACAUUGUGCUAAGCUGGCAAAAAAAAAAAAAGAAGCCUGUCUGCUUUUUUUUUCGAUGUGCCAAAAAUCAUUUGUAAACAUUUUUUUGAGGAUUCUGUAUAAAUUAUAUAUUUAUCUUUGUGCUUCUGAGAGACUGGACUGUUUUAUAAGUGUGUGUUUUUGUAAAGAAAAAGACUGUGUGCACACAUCCAGCAGAAAUAAAUUAAUUUAAA